UGUGACACGUAACGCAAAAUGGACGCUGGUGGUGACGCGUUUCGAACGCGCCGCCGUCGCCGUCUUCUGACGUCACCCGGCAACAGCGGAGCGAAACAAAAAUCUUGGCGCUCUAGAAGUUUCCUCCAUAAUAAUGGCGGAGUCGGAGGCCAGGCUCAGCGAGUGCGACGUCGAGAGGGACCCCGCGGGCGCCGCGCAGAAGCUGACAGCAGCCAUAGAAUUGAAGCCAGAUGAUGCAGAGUAUUAUUGCCAACGAGCUUAUGCACACAUUCUUCUACAAAAUUACAACGAUGCUAUUACUGAUACAAAGAAGACACUGUCUCUUGAUCCCAAUAAUGCUACAGCCUUUCUCAGGCAAGGGAUAGGUGAAUAUCAUUUGAAAGAUUACAUAUCUGCAUUAAAGUCUCUCAACGUGGGACAAAAACUGGAUGAUACUGAGACAGCUUUUACCAUUUGGAUUAAAAGAUGUGAAGAAGCCAUCAGCACCGGAUCACAUUCUGUAGUACAUCAGUCACAGCCAUCUAAGAUCAAGUAUGACUGGUACCAAACAGAAUCUCAUGUAAUUGUGACUAUUAUGAUCAAGAAUGUGAAGAAGGAUGAAGUCAACAUAAAAUUCUUGGAAAGAGAGCUAAUUGCAUUGGUGAAGCUUUCUACAGAGGAAGACUACAGCUUAAAACUUCAUCUUCUUCAUCCCAUAGUUCCAGAACAGAGUUCAUUCAGAAUUCUCUCAACUAAGAUUGAAAUAAAGAUGAAGAAACCAGAAGCUGUACGAUGGGAAAAUCUGGAAGGACAUGAAAUUACUCCUAAAGCAAAACAAUUUACACCAGUUUCAGAAUCCAUGCUUCUCUAUCCAACAUCCUCUCAUUAUACAAGGAACUGGGACAAAUUGGUGGUUGAAAUCAAAGAAGAAGAAAAGAAUGAAAAGUUGGAGGGUGAUGCCGCUUUAAACAAACUUUUCCAGCAGAUUUACUCAGAUGGUACAGAUGAAGUGAAACGUGCUAUGAACAAAUCUUUUAUGGAGUCUGGUGGGACCGUUCUGAGCACAAACUGGUCUGAUGUUGGUAAAAGGAAAGUAGAAGUCAAUCCUCCAGAUGACAUGGAAUGGAAAAAAUACUAACUUACUCUUUUGUCUCUACCAUUGUGUGUGGACACGGCAUCCUUGAAACUAAAGCACUGAAUGUUCAUUUUGGAGACUAUUCUAUAUUCUUAUCUUUACAUGCUUUAGGAAGACCUUUUCUUUGCAGAGGGUAGAGGUGUAAUCAGGAAUUAAAGCCUCUUAUUAUAACUGUCCUUGAAGGGUUUCUUUGGAUAUAAUCUGAAGUUGUUAUGACACACAUAUUCUUCUGGCUUGGCAAUACUGCUUAUGUCUUUGGAGAGUUAGCACGGACUUUAAUUGAACUUCAUAGGAAUAUUGCCUUAUUAUUUGUACACAGUUCCUUUUAAUAAUUUAUUUGUUUGUUGACUUUAAAAUUGUUUGCUGUUUAACUGCAUACAAAUAAAGCUGUAAAUAUAUACCUUUUCCUCAAA